GAUUGAAUGUGCUGCUCACAGAUGGGAACAAUCCCUCAAAGCCACUGCAUCUCACAUCAUUCACACUGGAGGAAAAAAAGGCUUCAGAGUGGGCUGUGGGCCAUUCCUGAACAAAUGCAAUGGGGUGCAGCCAAUUGGUGGAAGUAAUCAAAAGCACAAGAAAAAGAGAAACGCGUGUGGAGGGGGCUGGCAUGACAGAAAGGAGAGCAGGGAGGGGAGAAAAGACUUUUUUAUAAAGUGUGUCAGAGUCCCCUACAGUCCUGAGCACACUUCAAGAAAGAGCUGGGACAAGAGGGCCAGUACCUUUGAUCAGUUAACCUUUGUGUGACUUCAAUCAUGCGUCUGGUGAUCCUUUUCCUUUUAUCUGUCCUACUUCCACUCGUUCUCUCCCAUGGAUGGGAUCACUUAGCCGGGGCAUAUUACCAGCAGAACCAAGGAUACCUUUAUGGCUCCCUGUAUGCAGACAGAGCAGGAGGGGAGUGUCCUGAGGAGUGUGACUGCCCCCCUUCUUUCCCUGUUGCCAUGUACUGUGACAGUCGAGGCCUUACCGCCGUGCCAACCAUUCCCUCCCAUAUCAAAUACUUGUACCUUCAACACAACGCCAUCACAGCUUUGCCGGACUCAGCUCUAAGCAAUGCAACCAAUCUGGUGUGGCUUAUGAUUCAUUAUAACCAGCUGACAUCUGAAUCAAUUGGCAAGAAGGCAUUUCUGAAGUUGGAGGCACUCGAGCGUUUAUAUCUACAACAUAACAAUUUGACAAGCAUUCCUUCAAACCUUCCCCGCUCUCUGCUAGACCUGAGAAUUGAUCAUAACAAGAUUGAGAAGGUAUCACCUACAGACCUAGAGGGAAUGGAUAACCUCACUGUCCUGUAUCUUCAUAAUAACGGUCUCUCAGAGGUGGGCUCAUCGCUGAAGGCACUGAAAUCUCUCAUACUCCUUGACAUCAGUGGCAACAAGUUGACAAAGGUCCCAGAUCCGCUACCUGCAAACCUGCACCAGCUCUACAUGGAGUACAACUCCAUUGACUCUGUACCAGAAGCUUUCCUGAGCAAGUUCACACAGCUGCAGUAUAUCAGGAUGUCACACAACCUGCUCACAGAUAAAAGCAUCCCUGCUAACACCUUUAAUGUGUCUGGGCUGGUGGAGUUGGACCUGAGCUUCAACAACUUAGAGCGAAUUCCUUUAGUCAGCACCACGCUACAACAUCUUUAUCUGCAAGCCAAUCAAAUCAAAGAGUUUACUCUGGGUAGCUUCUGCAGUGUCGUGGACAUGACAAAUUUCUCCAAACUGCUAACACUGCGACUGGAUGGAAAUGGGAUCAGUCCACAGAACAUCCCCGUAGACUCAAGCCUUUGUCUGCGCCAGGUUUUGGACAUUGAGAUCUAGCCACGUGCAGAACACAGUCUUGUGGCUCAAAUGCAGCAGAGUUUAAAGCAUGCACUUACAGCAUGACUUAUUUUUGACAGAUCACAACAGAUGUAAGUUAAUAUCUACAGUAGGUAGUGGCAGUUAUUAACACGCAGUAUUUUCCCAAAAGUGAAUUCAAAGAGUGUCACUAUGAACAGGCUUCACAGGAAACUCAUGCAGUUAAAAAAAAAAGAAAGCUGUUCCUGCUCUUUCUUGCAAGUGGGAAUAUUAAUUUCAGAUUCAUGAGGAUAAAACAGCAUCAAUGAGCCUUUAGACACACACACACAAAAAAAACCCCAGCAUAAGCUGAUUAAAAUGUGUGAACCAUUCAAGGAUGUUUCUCUGAUGCUGAUCCUACUUACACUUUGCUGUUGGGAUCAAUAACCUUUAUGAUCAGUGGUUUUAUUCUUUUAUCUGCCUGCAUCGUCCUCCAUAUAUUUUAUUGUUUUGUCGACUAAGGUGAUGAUUAACAAUUUGUAUCAUGUAUACUGUGAAAUGUAUAAUUUCAACUAUAAAUCAUUAGCUUUCAUAUAAUACUAUAAACACAAUUAUGGUGUCUACUGCAUGUUAUUUCACUUGGCUACAUUAUUUUAUCUUUCUAAUAGAAAAAUGCUGACAGCUUGAGUCUGUUGAAGAUCCUCUUUUUGCACCGUAAAAUCAAAUUUUCUUAGAGACAUAGAAAAUAUCUAUAUAUACUGACAGAGGGUUUUUGUU